CUCCCGGUUGGUUGCUCCCUGUGCGUGUUGACUUUUGCCUACAUUUGGAGUUUUUUGCUAAACUCCCUCGUGACCCUUAAUAUUGCCUAGUAAAUGGACCAACCCUCAACAAAAAAACAUACUGUGUCGAAAUAGGUGUCACUGUUGCUAAUGGUUCUUCUUUCCUUUGACAUAAUUAGAGGACAAGAAAAAAGGUAUCUUCCUUGAAUUUCUUUUCCAGAAUGAUUUUAUUCUCUUUGGGAAUAAAAGUAUCAUUUUUGUCUGUGUGUGCGCGUGCAUACGUGUGUUUAAGUUGGAAAAUUGAUUUCUGGUGGGCAUGACAUGGUCACACUUUGUGUGAGAAUCAACUUUCUCUGGACUGUGGCUCUUCGCUCUGUUUGCGUGUGCAUCAUGGAUUUUUAAACAGCCCUUUAACAGACAGUGCAGCAGUCAGGGAUCAGAGGUAGAAGACUUCAUACGUGGAAAUAUUGUAUCACUCACGUGGUGUUUUUGACCAAGAAGUAGGCCUCUUAACUUAAUGCAACACCUCGGUCAAAACUGAUUAAAAUUAGCAUGUGUUGCACUGUUGCCUCUCAUUUUGAAGAGAGAGAUGAUAGUUUUGUCUUGUGUGUAGCCAACCAAGGCCCAAGUUUAAACUUGUUGUUCAAAUGAGUAUAGGUUGGAUUAUUGUUUACGGUCAAUUUUAUAUCGCACUUUUCAUCUGUUUUCUCCAUUCAGAAGAGUGGGGUCAGAGCCAGGGAUCAGCCAUUAUUUUACCUAGUCGGCUCUGAGAUUUGAGCCAGCAACUGUUCUGUUACUGGCCCAAUGCUCCUAACCGCUUAGAUAAGACGAUCUGCAACUCGUACAGGCUGUUGUAAGGCAAAAUUAAAUCUCAUUAGUGGAUUGAAGUAGUUCCCUGUUCAGAAUAGAUCUCAUUCUUAAACAAUCUAUAUAUAAUAAUAUAUAGUUUGGUUACUUUUGGGUCUUAUUGGACUUUUUUUUAACAAGCCUACAUGAAAGACCAUAAACUAGGCAGAGGCACAAUAAAGGUUCAAUUAUGUUUUAAUUUUCUUUAAAGCGGCACAAUGUAUUUGAUUAACUUAAAUGUGUUUUCAGAGACUGAAUGACUGUUGACUUUGGUUUGAUGAUGCACUUUGCACUCUGGAAUAGCAUGAUCACUUCUUCUUCAAUUGACACACACUGAACUUUGGUUUCUCUUUGUCCCCUGAAAACAUUUCAGCUGAGAAUAUUGUAGAGGUUCCCGUUCCAAAAACAGAAAAGACAAAAGGUAGCCUACUAUUUAAUGGUGGUGAGUCUGUUGUGAGUCUGUUGUAUGAGUCAAUUCUUGUUGACUAUUGAUUAAGCUAAAAAGCUCUUCCUUUCUUCAUUUUUUUUUAAAACAAGCCUGUGGAUGCUAUGACAUAAGUCAAACCUGAAGGUACUUAAACUAAAUAUCCAGUUAAAGUCCAGUUUCAUUGAGUUUUAAUCUGUCAGGAAAGUGGUAAUGUGUGUUGCAUAUGCGUGUUGUUUAUCAUUAAUACAAUCAUCAAUCAUACUUUCAAGAUGUUGAGUUUUGAUUCUGUAGUGGUUGUUAUAAUGACACCUGUAUUCAUGCCCCAAACUUCCUGUGGGGCAUGGACAAGGGUCAGAGGUACAUUGGCCUAAUGCUAAUGAUGCCUGUUGAGAAAGAAAGUAUUUUUAAUGACCUUAAACCCAUGUCUGUUUACACCUAUACGAUGGAGACAUCCUUCAGGGCCAGGUCACCUUAAAGCCCGUUUGUUUGCAUUCAGGACGACUUCACAUACUUGGGUCUAAUUUCUCAAUAUUCUUAAGAGAUGUUGGGUUAGGGGAUGAAGAGGGUGGCUAUUGUAAAGCUACUAGUGUGAGUAGUUGUUUAACAGUCGAGCUCACCAUGGUCUUACUUCUGAGUAGUUUAUAGGCUUUGUGGUCCUUUGUUCACAUAUGCCUAACUGCGUAGAUGUGUUCCACCAUUUUCACACACAUGUUCUUGCUAAUUACUGUGUUACAUCUUUAAUCCAUUCCUAAAUGGGCCAAUUGUGGGACUCCCAAUCACAGCCGGAUGUGAUACAGUCUGGAUUCGAACCACUGAGAUGCAGUUCCUUAGAUCACUGCGCCACUCGGAAGCCCUUCUACUAGUUAGCCUGAUUUCAGUUUAUGACAAAACAAGCAAGUGUAUCAAUCAUUUUUACAAAAUCAAAAAUGUUGUAUUUUCAGCUGUUCGAAGCAGGUGUACAAAACCGAAAGUAAAAGAUGCAAAAACAAAACUUAAGCAUGGGAAGCAUAGAAAUGUUCUAUGUGCGCUAUAUCUACCGCUUCUUAGACUUGCUUUAAAUGAGUGUCAGAGUUAAGUGUCAGAUCUAUAACUCACUAUUCUAUGUGAAUUUAAUGGGGUCGCCCCAAAAAGUUACAUAUUGCAGCUUUAAAGGUGCCUGAAUUCUAUCAACCAUGGCUGUAAUUUUAUUGUGAAGUAGCUCUAAUUCCUUGGUAUUUUAUUACUGUUCUUCCUCCCUCAAAUCAGAUCAGAGUCCUGGAGAGGUGGAUUCUAAAAAGAACAGAACAAAAGAGCACCCAACAAGAGAACUUGGGAGGAAAUUAAAGUCAGCAUUAAAGGAACAGUUGAGAAUGAUCCAUGAGAAGAUUGAAGCUCAAAAAAUUGCUGAAAUGGCUUUGGCUGAAGUGAGAAGUAUCCUGGCCAAAGAGGAGGAAGAGAGACAAUUGGUCAAUGCUCUGGAACUCAAGAGGCAAGAGGUGGCCCAAAAAGCCCAGGAAAUGCUAGAGGCUCAACUUCGAGAGGAAAGGGAACAAGAAGAGAAAAGAGAGGCUGAGAGAAAAUCACAGGAGCAAGCAGGGAAAGAGAGGCUGGAGAAAGAGCAACUGGAGCAGUUGGAGAGAGAAGAGAAAGAGAGGCUGGAGAAACAGAGGGAAACUGAGGAGAAGGCAGAAAAAGAGCAAUUGGAGAAGGAAAAGCUAGAGAAAGAGAGGAUAGAAAAGGAGAAGGCAGAGCUGGAAAGGAUGGAGAAAGAGAAACUGGAAAAGGAUGGAGCAUCCAAAGAGAAAGCAGAAAAGGAGAGGAUUGAGAAGGAACGGGUCACCAAAGAGAAAGCAGAAAAGGAGAGGAUUGAGAAGGAACGGGUCGCCAAAGAGAAAGCAGAAAAGGAGAGGAUUGAGAAGGAACGGGUCGCCAAAGAGAAAGCAGAAAAGGAGAGGAUUGAGAAGGAACGGGUCGCCAAAGAGAAAGCAGAAAAGGAGAGGAUUGAGAAGGAACGGGUCGCCAAAGAGAAAGCAGAAAUGGAGAGGCUUGAGAAGGAACGGAUCGCCAAAGAGAAAGCAGAAAAGGAGAGGAUUGAGAAGGAACGGGUCGCCAAAGAGAAAGCAGAAAAGGAGAGGAUUGAGAAGGAACGGGUCGCCAAAGAGAAAGCAGAAAAGGAGAGGAUUGAGAGGGAACGGGUCGCCAAAGAGAAAGCAGAAAAGGAGAGGAUUGAGAGGGAACGGGUCGCCAAAGAGAAAGCAGAAAAGGAGAGGAUUGAGAAGGAACGGGUCGCCAAAGAGAAAGCAGAAAAGGAGAGGAUUGAGAAGGAACGGGUCGCCAAAGAGAAAGCAGAAAAGGAGACGAUUGAGAAGGAACGGGUCGCCAAAGAGAAAGCAGAAAAGGAGAGGCUUGAGAAGGAACGGGUUGCCAAAGAGAAAGCAGAAAAGGAGAGGAUUGAGAAGGAACGGGUCGCCAAAGAGAAAGCAGAAAAGGAGAGGAUUGAGAAGGAACGGGUCGCCAAAGAGAAAGCAGAAAAGGAGAGGCUUGAGAAGGAACGGGUCGCCAAAGAGAAAGCAGAAAAGGAGAGGAUUGAGAAGGAACGGGUCGCCAAAGAGAAAGCAGAAAAGGAGAGGCUUGAGAAGGAACGGGUCGCCAAAGAGAAAGCAGAAAAGGAGAGGAUUGAGAAGGAACGGGUUGCUAAAGAGAAAGCAGAAAAGGAGAGGAUUGAGAAGGAACGGGUCGCCAAAGAGAAAGCAGAAAAGGAGAGGAUUGAGAAGGAACGGGUCGCCAAAGAGAAAGCAGAAAAGGAGAGGAUUGAGAAGGAACGGGUCGCCAAAGAGAAAGCAGAAAAGGAGAGGAUUGAGAAGGAACGGGUCGCCAAAGAGAAAGCAGAAAAGGAGAGGAUUGAGAAGGAACGGGUCGCCAAAGAGAAAGCAGAAACGGAGAGGAUUGAGAAGGAACGGGUCGCCAAAGAGAAAGCAGAAAAGGAGAGGAUAGAGAGAGAAAGGGUAGCGAAGGGAAAGGAGAGAGCAGAGAAAGAGCAACAAGCCAAAGAGUUAGCUGCUAAAGAAAAGGAGAGAGCGGCGGUAAAAGGACACUUUGUCAAAGAAAAGAAUGCAAAGACCAAGGUUGAGACAGAACAGUUACCCAAGAUAGAGAGAGAACAGUUACCUAAGGCGAAGGCAGGGAAGGAGAGAGCAGAAAAAGAGCCUCUACUCAAAGAAAAGAUAGAAAGGGAGAGAGUUGUGAAAGAGAAAAGAGCCAAACAAGCAAAAGAGGAGAUGCCAGAGAAAAAUGCAAACAACUUCACAACUACAAGCAAGAAGGAAAAAAUAUUGGCUAUAAAAGACCUUCUGAAGCCUAAAGCCACCAAGGUGAACAAGAAAUGGAGCUUCACAGGAUGAUGAUCCUUCAAUUACAAAACCGACAACCGUCCCCUCCUCCCUAAAGGCACUUCUGUAGAUCUGCAGGGAUUGGAAAGAGCUAUGCAAUGCAGUGCUUCACAUUGUCCUUCUGAUAGGCUGGAUGGAUUCUCUGACAUAUUGCCAUGUUUCCAACCCCUUCAGAUCUACACAUGUGUCUAAUGAGGAAGGGCUAGGAAUGGAUUUACAUUUGAGCCAAUAUAAUCGAUGGUGCUGAAUUUAAAUUCACGUUCAUGCCAAUGCUAAAUAUGUUAUGGCUGGUCUGUGGUGAUCUGUGAUAAUCAACUUUGGUUUUGGUCUUCGGUUCUUACAAAUCAGAGCCUUGUCCUCCCCCUUUUGGUACGUUUUUAUGGCACAAUACGAAUGAUUGAUUGAUUUAUUGGGAAAAAUACAACCCAGCGGAUAACAUGUUAUAGAGAUUCCACUUGUGUCCAACAUGUACCCUGAUAUAUUUACACACACGUACACACAUACAUACAUGCAUACAUACUGUAUAAUCAUUACAGAAAGAUGGGUACCUGCACACUGAUAAAUGCUCCCAUAGAUACACCUGCGGAAGCAUUCAUUAAAAUUGUGGGAGCAUUCAUUAGUGUGUGUCUUUCUUUCUGUCUUUCUUUCAUUAGUGUACGUUCUGUACCCUUCACCUGCAAGUCACUGAAUACACUACUUUGAAACUAGUUACAAUGCAAUAUUAUGCCAUUUUGACAUUUGUGUGUUGUACUGUGUUUCUUACAUUGCUACAAAUUUUAACAUCAUCCUAUCACUUUCUAACAUAAGUGUUAAUGUCAUAAUAAUGUCAAAAUAUAUUGAAUUAUAUACAGACUAAAGACAAAGUAUGCCCAUUGGCUUGAAGUGAUUGUUUUUUUUUAGAUUAGAAAAUUAAACAGAUUAUUUACCUGAGGUGCUGACUUGCUGCACUCUCGACAACUACUGUGAUUAUUAUUAUUUGACCAUGCUGGUCAUUUAUGAACAUUUGAACAUCUUGGCCAUGUUCUGUUAUAAUCUCCACCCGGCACAGCCAGAAGAGAACUGGCCACCCCUCAUAGCCUGGUUCCUCUCUAGGUUUCUUCCUAGGUUUUGGCCUUUCUAGGGAGUUUUUCCUAGCCACCGUGCUUCUACACCUACAUUGCUUGCUGUUUGGGGUUUUAGGCUGGGUUUCUGUACAGCACUUUGAGAUAUCAGCUGAUGUAAGAAGGGCUAUAUAAAUACAUUUGAUUUGAUAUUUAUGUUAGGGCUGAGUGUCUGUGGGUUUUCGUUCCACCCUUGUACUUGAUUGAUGAAUUCAGGUCACUAAUUAGUAAGGAACUCCCAUCACCUGGUUGUGUAGGUCUUCAUUGAAAGGAAAAAACAAAAACCAGCAGACACUAGGCCCUCCAUGGAAUGAGUUUGACACCCCUGGUAUAAGGUGUUUCUCAGUGAGUUCAAAUGGCUAGCGUAAAUUUGCAUUGCCACACAGAUUUUCAAACAACGAGUGCUAUAAACUGGGUGGUUCAAGCCCUGAAUGCUGAUUGGCUGACAGCCAUGGUAUAUCAGACCGUAUACCACAGGUAUGACAAAACAUGUAUUUUUAAUUACUUUGGUAACCAAUUGAUAAUAGCAAUAAUGCACCUCGCGGGUUUGUGGUAUAUGGCCAGUAUACCACGGCUAAUGGCUGUAUCCAGGCGUUGUGUCGUGCCUAAGAUCCACCUUUAGCCAUGGUAUAUUGGCCAUAUGCCACACCCCCUCAGGCCUUAAUGCUUAAUUGAAAACUAUGAAAUGUGUGCUAUCAGCUUUCUUUCUUUCAUUUGUUUUGAAUUGAAUCAAAUUAGUGUCUUUCUACUCUUUGCUUGCUUUUCAGUUAAAUGCUAGUUAAAUGUUUUGUGUUAACUUGAUAGGUGUUUUUGUAUGAUGACAAUAAGAUUGACUUUUGCUUUCUGAAGAAUCUUCAGUAUGGCCUGGGCACUUCUUUACAUAUUACUUGAAACAUCUCAUGAAACAAGGCCGUAGCUACAUUUUCUUUUCGUAAAGACUUGAUGAUGCCUUUUUUUGUGCAAGUGUGAAACUCUGUUUGAAACAACAUACCAACUACUCUUUUUGUCAUUUACCAGUUGUAAAUGGUACCUUUGCUGUAUUUUGUUACUGCUGUAACAGAAAAUGACAGAAAAAAUACUACCUUUUUAAAUCUUUGUUUUUAUGUUUGUGUCUGUUGUUUGAAACAGCCUUGGUGUAUUUUCAUAAGAUGAUGUAGGCCUUUUCUUGCUUUGGUGAAACUAAAAUCUCACUAGGUACUGGCAGUAUGGAUGAAGUUGGUGUGUUUUGUUAAAUUGUGUCAUUGCUGACAUUGCAAUGAUGCCAGAUAAGUCAAGCUUUUGUCCUAAAGCCACUUUGAUUAUUAAAGAGCGUUCCUCAAAUUGGCGUGUGUGCUCUUUGAAUAGCAAUAAUAACUAUCUAUGGCAACUUUCAUACAAUAUAUUGUAGCCCAAUCCCAACGUGUUUCAUAUGUACAGUACUAGUCAAUGUUUGGACACAACUACUCAUUCAAGGGUUUUUCUUUAUUUUUUACUAUUUUCUACAUUGUAGUAUAAUAGUGAAAACAUAAACUAUUAAUUGACACAUAUGGAGUCAUGUAGUAAUGAAAAACUGUUAAACAAAUCUAUAUAUAUUUUAGAUCUUAGA